GGUGCUUGGAGUCUAUACAUGUUUUGUACACUUUCACGUUUUUUUUUUCAGUGAAACCUGUCAGUGUUCUUCAUUAGUGGACACAUCCUGAGUAGGAAUUGUCCAUUGUGCUGAAAGUUGCCUUCCUUUGCAAUUGCCUUGUUGUGUUUCCUGUAAUUCGUUCAUCAUCCCCAGAAAUGGAUGGCUAUUUACUUUGAUGCCCCUUAAGGGGAGAUCUAUAUAACAACUUUUUGCAUUAAAUGUGUACCUCCACGGAAAAUGUUGUUGGAACAGAGUGAUCUAGUUGGAAUCCUUCAUUUGUCUCAAGUGUUUUACAAUCUAUUGUAUGUUUGUUUGACUUCUGCAUGUACUCGUUUGUUUGCACUGACUCCGUGUCUCGAAACAAAUAUGCAUGGGACACGAUUUAUCUUAUUCGUCCAAUAGUACAUUUUGUAGCAAUUUCGUAAACCACAUGAUGUCAGUGUUACCCAAGCAAAUGGUAGAUGGGAAAGUCCUGCCCCUCUUUCUGGUUUGCGGGUGUGUUUUGUUCCACCAGACAUGAAUGUUCUUCCUGGAUGGACAGACACUGUAGCAUGGGAGCCGGUCUUCGAUAAUGUUUACUCGAUGAAAAAGGACUAAACACUUCCUAAAAUGACAUGUACGUUAGCUAUUUAAGACGCAGCAUUUUUCAGACUGGUGCCGUUUCAAAUUUCUCAUUCAGGAUGGUAAACUGGAAAACACGCAAAUGGAAUUGCUUGGAGCUUGCUGUGUGCUUCGCUUUGUUGCUGUGCAUCGGGAGACCAGUUUCUGCCCAGAUACGAUAUACUGUUCCGGAGGGGGUGAAAAGGGGAUCUGUAGUUGGAAAUAUUGCUAAGGAUUUGGGUCUUGAUACUGGUUCUUUGGUGGAAAGGCGGUUUCGUAUCGUUUCCGGAUCAGAGGAGCCUCUUUUCGAGGUAAAUCAGAACAAUGGUGUUUUAUACGUUCAUAGAAAUAUCGACAGAGAGGAACUGUGUGAUGAAAGCGGCGCCUGUUUGACAAAUUUAAAGAUUGUUGUCGAGAACCCGCUGGAAAUUCAUUAUGUAGACGUGGAGAUCACGGACGUAAACGACCACUCUCCAAAAUUCAGAGAGACUGAACAGCAUUUUGACAUAGCGGAACAUACCAUUGCGGGGACACGUUUCCAAGUUCAAGGCGCACAGGAUCCAGAUUUGGGAAUUAAUUCUGUUCGCUUUUAUAAACUUAACCAGAAUGACCAAUUUGACAUUGAGACAAGGGAGAGACAUGAAGAAAAAAUACCUUUCAUUGUUUUGAAAAAAGCCCUUGACAGGGAGACGCAAAGUACACACAGUCUUGUGCUGACAGCGAUAGAUGGGGGAAAUCCUCCAAAAUCAGGAACACUAAAUAUUACAGUAACGGUCCUUGAUUCAAAUGAUAACCGGCCUGUAUUCAGCCAGGAGACAUAUGCUGUUGACCUAAAAGAAAAUGUUCCUGUCGGAACAGUUGUGAUCAAAAUAAAGGCGACAGAUUUAGAUGAAGGUUCAAAUGGUGACAUUGAGUAUGCACUGGGCAGAAAUUUAAAUCCUAAGGUGUAUGAAGUGUUUCAGCUAGAUAGCAUUACAGGUGAAAUACGAGUUAAAGGAAAAGUGGACUAUGAGAAUACUCAGAUAUAUAAAUUAGACGUGGAGGCAUCAGAUAAAGGACAGCCACCUUUGACAGUGGAAUCCGGUCUCAUGAUAAAGAUUAUUGACGUAAAUGACAACACUCCAGAUAUCGAAGUUACUUCGGUUUCUAACAUCGUUGCUGAGAACUCCAAACCGGGAACUGUUAUCUCGCUCAUAAGUGUGACAGAUAAAGACUCUGGCGACAACGGGAAAGUGACGUGUUCUCUGCCACACAAUGUACCAUUUGAACUAAAGCCAUCGUUUAAAAAUAAUAUGUACUCUUUGGUGACUAAAGGCCAUUUAGAUAGGGAAGUGACAUCGCACUAUGAAAUAGCAAUAACUGCAAUUGACUUCGGUCAACCUCCCUUGUCUACCUUCAAAACCUUGAAAAUAGAGAUAUCAGAUGUCAACGAUAACGGUCCACAAUUUCCCCAGAAUCCUUUAGAGCUUUACCUGGAGGAAAAUAAUGCCCCUGGCGCCUCUAUAUUUUCCGUUACGGCAUCUGACAGAGACUUGGAUGAGAACGCUGACAUUACAUAUCAGAUUGUAAGAAAUGAUGAAACACAGAAUGACAUGUCCUCUUUUCUAAAUAUUAACGCAGAUAACGGACAUAUCCAUGCGUUGAAAAGCUUUGACUUUGAAAAGGUAAAAACUUUUCAGUUUCAGAUUCUUGCAAAAGAUUCGGGAAGUCCUCCUCUUAGCAGUAACGUUACAGUGAAGGUGUAUAUUCUUGAUCAAAACGACAAUACACCAGUCAUACUGUCUCCUGUUAGUGCCAAUGGCUCCGCAGAAGGUGUUGAAGAGAUUCCCCGCAAUGUCAACGCAGGACAUCUGGUCACGAAAGUGAGAGCCUUUGACGCAGACGUAGGAUACAAUGGCUGGCUACUGUAUUCACUUCACGAAAUUACUGACCACACACUCUUUGGGCUGGACCGUUACACGGGACAGAUAAGGACUCUUCGGCCAUUUACAGAGACAGACGAGGCUGCACAUAAGCUGACCAUAGUGGUCAAAGACAAUGGAAAUGUUUCUCUUUCGGCAUCUGCAACAGUGACCAUUACAGUUGUUGAGCCAAAAGAAGCCUUUGCAGCAUCUGAUGUCAAAAGCACAGUUAACAGUGAAGAUGAAAGUAACGUUACAUUUUAUUUGAUUAUCACCUUGGGCUCGGUGUCAGUGCUCUUUAUUGUCAGUAUCAUAGUGCUCAUCGCUAUGCAGUGCUCUAAAUCAACAGACUAUUCAUCCAAAUAUUUACAAGAUCCAAAUUAUGAUGGGACGUUGUGCCACAGCAUCCAAUACAGAUCUGGAGAUAAACGGUACAUGUUAGUUGGGCCCAGAAUGAGCAUCGGGUCCACUAUUGUCCCCGGAAGUAAUGGAAAUACUCUUGUCGUACCUGAUCGCAGAAGAACUACUUCCGGAGAGGUAAGAGAUAUCAAAAUAAUAAAUGUAUACUACGAACGUGCGAUGGGGAUACAAUUGCACGACAACCUAACAAAAACACACAAAAACACACUGCAUCUUAAUAUGAAUAACAUUUCACGUUAAACUUAAGGCU